AUGCGAGAUCAGGCAGUAGGAGAAGUAGUUGCCGAUGUCAGGGGAGGCGGCGGCGAGCUGGGCCGGCAAGGAGAGGGCCCCCCGGCCGAAUCCGGCGACGCCGACGGGCUCGCCGAGGGUGGUGUGGGCGCAGCCGAAGGUGAAGGCCGGCAGCCGGAGCGCCGCCGAGGGUGGGACGGCGAGCGCGUCGGAGUAGAGGGUGGCGACGAGGCUGCCGUCGCCGUAGGCGUAGUAGAAGCGGGGGCAGGGGCGGCGGCCGCAGCCGCCGGUCUCGAUGGCGUCGAGGGGGCAGCCGGCGGCGGCGCAGAGCUAAUAAGGCACGAAAGUGUGGACAAUAAUUUAGAACUGUGCGGGAGAGAGUGUGUAGAGUGUAGUAUAUAA